GCUAUCAAGCACAACGAAAAAUAGAGGAGAACACCAUCUUAAAGAGUUAUAUAGAUACGUAUAUAUAGACUAUAUCAGAAAAUGGCUGUCACGCAUUUUGUUCUGAUCCAUACCAUAUGCCAUGGUGCGUGGGUUUGGCACAAGCUCAAACCCGUGCUCGAGGCAGCUGGCCAUAAGGUCACUGCAUUGGACCUUGUCGCCAGUGGUAUUGACCUUAGGAUAAUUGAGCAAGUUGGCUCAUUUGAUGCCUACUCUGAACCAUUGUUGAAUUUCUUGGAAACAAUCCCUGAAGGAGAAAAGGUAAUUCUUGUUGGCGAGAGCUGUGGAGGCAUUAAUGUUGCUAUUGCCUGUGAUAAAUACACAGACAAGAUUGCAGCUGCCGUUUUUCAUAAUUCACUAAUGCCAGACACCGUUCAUAGCCCAUCUUAUGUUCUGGAUAAGUUUUUGGAGGUCUUUCCUGAUUGGAAGGACAGUGUAUUUGAAUCAUACACCAAUGGAGACGACACCAUAACCACAGUGAAAUUAGGCCCCUAUCUUAUGGAGAAUUAUAUUUAUACGGAUUGUCAUCCUGAGGAUCUUGAAUUGGCGAAAAUGUCAACAAGGAAGGGAUCAACAUUUCGAGAAAUUUUAGCCAAACGAGAAUUCUUCACAAAGAAAGGUUAUGGAUCGAUUAAGAAAAUUUAUAUCUAUGGCGACGAGGACAAAAUAAUGACUGAAGAUUUUCAUCAAUGGCAAAUACAAAACUAUAAACCAGAAAAGCUUUAUGUAGUCCCCGGUGGAGGUCAUAAGCUGAUGCUUUCAAGGGUUAACGACCUCUUUACUAUUCUUCAGGAGGUGGCUGAUACAUAUGCUUAUCUUUGAACCAUUUACUGUUAUACAUGUAUGCUAUGGAAGACAUAUUUGAUUGUGUAUGUGUACUGCAAUAAUUUUGUUAUAAAUUAUUUCAUGUAAACUAUAAUAUUAUUAAUAAAGAUUUUAUUUUAUUUUUUAUGUUUA